AUGCUCUCCACUGCCGACCAAAAUGGCGUAACCAGAAAGGUUACAAAACCCAAGUCGAAGGAUCAUUCUGAACACCUCAUGAAGCGCGUCUCAAGAGCUUGUUUGCACUGUCGUCAGCGCAAAUCUAGAUGCGAUUUGGACAGCAGUGGAAGUCCGGGAACUCCUCCUUGUCAGCGUUGCCUACGAGAUCACCGUGAAUGCGUCCUAGGCAGCUCAAACAGAGGCGGUCGUCGUAUUCGCAAGCCUAAAAUCACCAACCUUGAUAUCGACCCCAAUUCCUCUGGCAAUAAGUCGAUGCAACUCGCUCCAAGUGGAUCCUCGGUGCCUCCAGAUCCGCAUCAAUUUUCCCAGCACCAAUAUCCGUCAGACCACUUUAGACGGUCAGAUCCACCUACCACCUCUACUAUCAACAUAGACGACGACGAUUCUGCAUCUACUACUGACAGUGCAAUUGGGUCGGUCCCGAGGAAUCCAUCAGACGCAUGGCAAUGUCUAACUAAUGUUGCCAAACGGGGGGCAGAGACCGCAAAUAUCGACAAAACAGGAGAACACUAUUCCGAUUCCACAAGGCGUGCCCGGUUGAGCGGAGAAGAAGACGACGAACCCCUGUCAGGCAUCGAUGCCUAUCGACUCAUAAAAAAUGGUUCUCUAACCCGCGAGACUGUUUCCCAUCUGGUAACCCGCUACGCGGAGAAUUUUCAUCCUUACCUUCCCCUGGUCCCACGAAAAUACUUCGACCCAGCUGCUCUGGAAUCAUUUGCGUCGCAGGAGAAACAUCUUCUCACGGCUGUUCUUACUAUUGCUUCAAAGGACCUUGUGGACACGCCACAGGUUCACGAUACCUGCUCCCAAUAUAUGCACGAGCUGAUAUCAGGAAUUGCGGCUGGUAUAGAUUGCGAUGUUGAAGCGGUAGAGGCUUUGCUACUCCUUGCUGAAUGGGAGCCACAAGGCCUGCGGCCAAAAAUUGAGGCUGUUGGACGAGGAGAAGAGGACAGGGCAGCUUGGAUGCACGUUGGAUUGGCUCUACGCUCAGGAUACUUUCUUGGUCUCGACCGCACCUCUUUUAGAGGUGAUCCCACAAUUGAUGCGCAAGUUGAUGGACGGAAACGGUUGGCAUGGACCAGCUGCUAUAUUUCCGACAGACUGAUAUCUGUUCGCAUUGGGAGGGCAUUCUGGUCUCGGGGUCCCGGCCCUAUGACUGGGCUUGUUAGUCAAGACUUCCCGUCUCUACAACCCCUCACCUCGACCGAUGAAGACUACGCAAAGAUUUUCCAGGCUCUCCUGGAUCUCACACAGCUCUACGGAAACGUCCAUGACGUCCUUUAUUCCGGGAUGCGUACGAGCAGCCAGAUGAUGCUUAUGGGGGAUUAUGUGAAAUAUGUUGACGAUUUUCGUAAUGCCAUUGACCGUUGGAACCGUAUUUGGGGGACGCUAACUUGUUCGCCACAUAUCAAAGUGACGCUACAGAUGUCUUACGAAUAUUUGAGGUUGUACACCAACGCCUUCGCGUUCCAAGCGGCAAUCUCGCAGGCCCUUACGUCCAAGCCCAAGGGGGAUGCCUCGAGCCAGAGAGAUCACCUACGGGCAGCAUUCAGUAAUGUCGCGUCUAUGCAGGAUGCUCGGUUUAUAUACGCAUCAGUGGAUGCGGCGAAAUCCUAUCUUACAAUUUUGAAUAACUUCGUUGAUCCCGAGAAACAUUUACAUUUUAUGCCGCUGAGGUAUUAUUUGUACAGCAUAUAUGCGGCUGUAUUUCUCUAUAAGGCGCGGUCAUUUGGAGUAAUGAAUGCUCAAGAGGAACAAGGAGUUCGACAUUUAAUAAACCUCACAACGGAUAGACUCCAUAGAGCGAGUGCUGGACCGGACGACAUCGGUGCGCGGUAUGCUCGACUGCUAGAGCUGCUGUGGAAACCCAAAUCAUCCUCUUCUUCCGCCUCUUCAACGAACACGCAAGAGCCGCCGCGCAAAGAUGAAAGCGUUCCCCCAGGAGCAGUUCCAAAUAGACUCCCGGAGCAGUCAUAUGUGCAAUACAGCCCUAUGAACGACUUCUCCUGGCUAGAUCUAGGGGCUGUUGGUGACUAUGUCUCUGGAUACCCCAUUGGGAACCCCGGCAUUAUCGGUAUGAAUUCAUAUCAGCACCCCAAUUCAUAUCCCGCAACCUCAGAGGCUAUUUGGCCUGUUCAAAUCCUGUCGCCAAUCCAAAAUGUUGACGUGGUUUAUUUCCCCGGUCGCAGCAUAGGCGAAGCAUGUGCCCGUAGACUUGCAAGACGAGGCGUCCACCUUGCACUAACCUACUCCAAAAAUCUCGACGGAAUGCGCGCUGUAGUUGACGAUAUUAAACGGCUUAACAUCACUGCUGCUGGAUGCACGCUGAGAGUGUCAAUCCAUCAAGUCGACGUUGGAGUCCCCGAGCAGAUCAGCCGCAUGUUCGAGGAGAUUGAGCACGAGCACAUGCAAACCCCUGAUAUCCUUGUAUCGAAUGCAGGCUACGGCAAGCGCAUCUCACAGAUAUGGGAUAUCCCGUUGGAGGAGUUUGAUUAUACCAUCAAUGUGAAUUUACGUGCAUCAUUCCUUUUGGUUAAGGGGGUUGUGGGGCGGAUGAAGGAGCAGCGAUGGGGUCGGAUUGUGUUUAUGUCUUCCAUUGCGGCAUAUGGCGGAGGCAUCAACGGAUGUCACUAUGCGGCGUCCAAAGGCGGUUUAGCUGGCAUGAUGAAAAAUCUUUCAACCCGCCUUGCCGAAUAUAACAUCAGCGUCAACGACGUCGCCCCUGCGAUGAUCGGAGAAACAGGCAUGAUACCUAACGCCCAAGCAAUUCCGGAUGUUGCAGCUAGUAUUCCUCUGGGCCGGUUGGGAUUACCAGAGGAGGUUGCGAAUGUCGUGGAGAUGUGUGUGCAGACGGGGUACCUAACGGGCCAGAGUGUGGUGUUGGCUGGAGGGUUGAAGUGA